AUGGUCUAUGCAACCGAAAAUAGUGCAGAAGAUUUCAAGGACUCUGACGAAAAAGUGAUCAAGGCAACGUCUCCCAAAAAGAUGAAGCAGCAGAGACCUACCAUUUCCAAAGUCGGUAUUCCAUUUGAGCCCUUUAUUGCUCCACGCUGGUCUCGUAUGCCCAACCCAAUUAUUUCACCAAUUAGAUUUACUAAGUGCAUUUUCAAAAAAGUGUACAUGUCUUGUUAUGAUUGGGUCCAGGUUUAUCAAUUCAAGAGAAACAUGGGUAAAGGUUACAAGCCUAACUUUUUGAAGUGGAAAAAUGAUGCUAUAGAAUCGUACGUGAAGGUGAACAAGGCCUUCAGUGAAAGGAAUAUAGAUAAAGCACGUGAUCACAUGGCCGAGUAUGUUUACUUUGCUUUAGGUCGUCGUCAGAAAGAACUUCCAAAGAAUACUACGCUUGGUUGGGAUCUCGUCAAGUUUAAUAAAGAGCCUAAGUUGAUUACAUUUCACACUUUUCCUCAUGAUGAUGGUUCAGUUUUGUUAUGCCAGAUCAUAUACCAAUUUGACACUAAGCAGAAGAUGACCAUCAAACACAGGAACUCCAGGGAAUUUCAGGAGAAGACUAAAGACCUUGUGGAGUAUUUGGCAUUCAAUGUUGAUCCCUAUACCGAUAGAGUUGUUGUCUCUGGUUCUGUCUUUGAGAGUCUUCCACAAAGACAACUUUCUCAAGGAGCCAUGCCUUCUCAGGAGGAGACCAUCAAUUGUAUGGUGAAGAACGGUGAUAUUUACCGACCAGAACCUUCUGACGAGGAAAAGUUGGCAGCUACGCAUACUGCCAAAGAUAAAUAA